AGUUUGCGAGUGAACAUAUAACACGAAAUGGUACCAUCUCGCAAUACCAGUCUUCUUAUUGUCUUAUUUAGAAUGAUAAAGGGAACUCAGUGCUUUAAAUUUCUUAGACGAAGACUCCCGAUCGAGACUAUUAGAAUCCUUGACGGACUCGUAACACUGAAGUGCAAGAUUGCUGCGACGAGAAUGCGCAUUCGUUUUCUAUCUGACUGCAAACGCAAUGCUCAUUAUCCACGACAGUUUUGCAAGUUGCUACGCCGGAAUCGGCUGAGGCCUACCAUCGCAAACUUGAAGCGGCUUGCCAACUCCUAUUUGGAUGAGGCAAACAGAAUCCUUGUGCAACUAAUGGAAACAUACCAACGCCGUAUGGCGAUCACUGACCAACUCUCACUGGUUUGUCGCAUCAAAUUCACGAACUUUUGCAAAACCGUUGUUGACAGAACGAGGAGGAAACUGGACAAGACCCUGCGUAGAUCGCUUGAAAACACAAAUGAAGAACCCGUCUUUUCCGACAACCUACAGAAGCAUGUACACAACCUGUCUUCCGUAUCCUUGAACAGAAAACAAAUGGAAGCUUUGUCAUUGGGCGUGAAUUUUAAGAUUCCCCCAAAGAAUGUCGACCGAAUACACGUUGAGACUCAGUUUGAAAACCUACUGGACCAACUAUCUAAAUUGACCCCGACGACUAAGGAACAGCACAACUGGCUCAAGGUUAAGCUCGUUGAUAUUGCAAACGGUUACAUGGUGGCCCCGAUACACCAAACCUGCUGUAUAGAUAAAAGUCACAUCAAAGCCUUACGUGAUCUGAAGGCAAGAGAUAUAUUGGUGCUAAAACCUGACAAAGGCACAGGGGUUGUAAUUAUGAAUAAGCUUGACUACAAAAACAAGAUGUAUGAGAUCUUAGGAGAUGAAUCAAAAUUUCAAGAAGACCAAAGCGAAACCACUGUAACACAAAUCGAAAAGAGGGUGACUAAUCAACUAAAAUUGUUGCUGCAACAUGGAAUGAUAACAGAAGCGAUGUACAACUCUCUCAAGCCAAGGGGGACACGCAUCCCACAAAUGUAUGGCUUACCGAAGAUCCACAAGGCCAACACACCUUUAAGACCUGUACUAUCCAUGUGUAAUUCACCAUACCACAAGUUGGCACGUUGGCUAGUUGAUCUACUUACACCGGUGAGACGAAUGAUGACAAAGUACACAGUGAAGGAUACAUUCGACCUGAUUGACUGUGUGCAAAACAUGAAUAUCGCUGACAAGGUAAUGUGUUCAAUGGACGUACAGUCUUUGUUCACUAACAUCCCAUUAAGAGAAACGGUGGAUUUCUUAUGUGAGUUUAUAAUGAGUAAUAAAGUAGUGUUACCGAUUCCCGUGGAAUAUCUUAGGGAUUUGCUGCUACUAUGCACUGAAAAUGUGCAUUUCUUAUUUGAAGACAAGCCGUAUCGACAGGUGGAUGGUGUAGCUAUGGGAAGUCCGCUAGGUCCGGUAUUGGCUGACAUCUUCAUGACGAUGGUUGAAAUGAAAUGUGAGCAGCACAUCAAUCAAAUGUGUUUAUACAAGCGAUACGUAGAUGACACAUUAGUGAUCGCCCCAAGUGGAGACGCUGUUCUAUCUUUCCUCAACGUGCUUGAUAACACACAUCCAAACGCCCGUUUUACCUGCGAACUGGAGGAUAACAAUUGCCUUCCGUUUUUGGAUGUGUUGUUGACCAGACGAGAAGAUGGCUCCAUUAAGCGUUCUGUACACAGGAAAGCUACAUGGACAGGAUUGUAUGAACACUUCAACAGCUUCGCCCCUAUACAAUACAAGCGGUGCUUAGUCAAGACGCUGUUUAAUCGAGCCCGCAGAAUAUGCACUGACGACUGUUUGGAAUCGGAAUUGCUGUUUAUCACACAGACGCUACGAGCCAACGGAUAUCCAGAAGCGUUUAUUCGAUUCCACGGUCAACUGAAGGAAAACAGGCCGACGGUACUUACUGUGCCCAAAUUGUCUGUCUACCUUCAAUUACCUUUCAAAGGUGAUAUCGUGGCCGCCCAACUCGAAAGUCGUGUGCAUACAGCGAUUCGGCGGGCAUUCAACGCAGCCAAAUUCUGCCCCAUUUGGGAGACCAGGAAGUUACCUAUGCCUCCAGUGAAGCCUACUCAACCGAUCUCCGCCACAACCCAUUGCAUUUACCAAUUCGUUUGUAACUGCGGUAGUAGUUACAUUGGCAGAACAGAUCGAUCCUUGGGUAAGCGCAUUGGAGAGCAUAUCCCAAAAUGGAUUGCCAAACUAUCGACACAAGAAGCAGGCGAACGAGAAAAGGUAUCUAAGAUGCCGGCCUCAUCGAUCGCCAAACAUCUACUGGAAUCAGGCCAUCAGGUUGACCCCAGGUCAACAUUUACAGUUAUCUAUCGUAAUGACAACCCCAAAGUGUUGAGGUUUGCCGAAGCCGUGGCACUUAACCGGCAUCGCCCUAUCCUAUGCGUGCAAAAACAAUUAACAGUCUCCCUGAAGCUUCCUUGGGGCUCAUGACCCUAAGAUCAGGAUGCUAAUCUGUCAUUGUUGUGUCUACGUAAUUUUUCCCUUGUGACCAGUUUCAAAUCUUCGAUUUUUUCUGUCACGUGAUUCAUCUAUCUGUUGUUAGUUUGCGAGUGAACAGAUAACACGAAAUGGUACCAUCUCGC